AUUACUAUACUUACCACCAAGCAAAUGUGAAUGAAUGAAUCAGUCCAACCCAUUCCCAUCAUAAACUAAACAAAACCAAACCCGUGUGCGUUCGUUCGUCCCCACUCUCUCUCUUCGCCUAACCCACUAACCAAACAAACUCACUCUCUCUCUCUUUCUUUUUCUCUCCCCCCCCCCCCCCCCCCCCCCAUGGCUUCACAGCAACACGACACCGUUUUCCCCGAAGAAGACAUCGAUGACGAAGAAGACGAAUUUCACGAAUACGAAGAAGAAGAUGAAGAAGACGACGACGUUUUAGUCGAUGACGAAGAAAACGAUCUUCCAUCUGCUUCUGCUUCUAUCUCUGUUCCCUCCGUCACCGUCGCCGUUCCCGGUGGAGCUCUCAGACCUCCAAUUCUAACACCAACCGCAACCACGAUCAUCUUCGCCGACUCAACUUUCUCCUCUGAUUCCAAACGUCAACGUUUGGAUCAAAUUGAGGAGAAAAAACCACUCCUGGUUGAAGAUUCACGCAAGCUUUUUCAACGUCUAUGGACCGACGAAGACGAGAUGGAACUGUUACAAGGCUUUCUCGAUUACACAACACAGAGAGGUUCUUCUCAUCACAACGACACCGCUCAAUUCUACGAUCAAAUCAAAUCCAAGCUUCAGCUCGAUUUCAACAAGAACCAGCUCGUUGAGAAGAUCCGAAGGUUGAAGAAGAAAUACAGAAACGUUGUAAGCAAAAUGAGCUCCGGUAAGGAAUUCGUCUUCAAAACUGCUCACGAUCAAGCCACGUUUGAAAUCUCUCGCAAGAUCUGGAACAACGUGGCGCCAAUCGCCGGUGAUAUUGCUAUAGACGACGAUGAAAUCAAUCUCAAUCCAAUUUCUAACCCUAACCUCAAUUUCACUCCCGUAAUUCUCAAAAGUGAGGUAAAUUCAACCACGCGGAAGCGUUCACGGCCUCGAUCCGUUUCUAUCAGAAGCUUUGAGAAGCGUGAAUCAAAUGAUGCAGUAGCAUCAAACAGAGAUCGUGAUUAUCUCAAUAUCAACCUCAAUAAUCCUAAUCCUAAUCCCUAUCCUAAUCACAAUCAUCAUCCUAAUCCUAAUCCUAAUGCUUAUACUACAACUGCUACAGUUAAUCCUGCAAUAACACCUACAAUUACUACUCCUAAUGUUAAUACUAAUGCUGCAAUUCAUGCUAAUAACUAUAGUAAUAAUUGUAGUACCGCUGGGAAUGGUGUAGCUGGUGUGAUUGAAGAGACAGUGAGGAGUUGUUUAUCGCCGUUUAAGGAAUUGAUGGCUGGUGCAAUGGGAGGAGGACUGUUUGCAUCGCGUGGAAGUUUCGCGAUGAAUCCGUUGCCGUUUCAGAUGAUGAAUUUAGGUUUUGGAGGUGGAGAAUUGGCGGAUGAGAAAUGGAGGAAGCAACAGAUUUUGGAAUUGGAAGUGUAUUCAAAGAGAUUGGAGUUAGUUCAAGAUCAGAUCAAAACAUCUCUUGAUGAAUUGCGUUCAGUUGGUGGAUCAUCUCAACUGUGAAUGUUGCUUCAUCGGUGUUCGAACUAGGGACCUUACAGUUGUGUGUAAGUUUCGGAGAAAAAUCUCAAUCCACAGUUUAGAUUUUAGUUAAUUCUUGUUUUAACUUAGUGCUUAGUUUAAGUUAUUGUAAUUCUUCAAUUUUCUCUUUAUGUUUACUUUAUACAGAUUUGCUUCAUAAUUUAUCCACCAAUAUGGUUGAUGAAAUGAUACUCAUAGUUUAGCAGCUAGCUAGUUACUUUUCAUUCUUAAUUUUUGUUUGUGAUGGAUGAUUUCGUAGAGUAAUAUUGUUUAAUAAAAUACAACCUUGUAAUUGCUUUGGA